ACUAGUUGAUUUGUGUUUUUGGUUAAAUUAUUAAACUAAAAACAUAAACACUGUGUAUAGUGAUUCGAUUUUCGAUUUCCAUUGUUUUUUGGAAAGAUGGAAGUUCACAUAUGUGAGAUAUGCAUGUCUGACAAUGCUCUUAUAUAUCUCGACAUUUUUGGUGAAGCGAAUUGCAAAAAAAAUAUAUCUACUGUUAUUACCAAGCAUCUUUGGUUUACGUUCGAACCAAACAAUAAGCAGCAGGUCAUUUGUAAUGAAUGCUGGAACACUUUAAACGAGUUCAAUAAUUUCUAUGACAAUAUCGCAAAAAUCCAUCGCAACCUGGAAAAAAACAUUUUGAAGGAGGAGAUCUUAGAUGAUCUUUUUGGCGAUAGUGUUUUACGGGGAAAUCACAAUAACGAUAACGAAAGUUCAGAACAUCCUAUUAUUUCAGAAAAGAAAUUUCCUGGGCCUUCAAAUUUAGAUACUUCAAUUAGCAGAGAGGUAGAGGGCUCCCCCAAUGAAAGCUUUGAAAAUUGUGCAACGCGAACAACAGAAGAGCAGAAAAAAGCAUAUGAGCAGAUCACCACUAUUAAACCACAGGUUGAGACACAAUCUGCUUCUAUGGAAUAUUCAACUAAAAGAACUGGAAGAUAUAAAGCCAAAACAGUUUACAAAGCUGAAUCAUCCUCGGAAGAUAUGAGUAACAAUUUUUCAGAUCUAGAUGAAGUUGAUUUUCAUCAAUCAAUAACCAAUGUACCAAGGAAGCGGGCUCGGUUGGAAGACACAGACUUCGCAAAGAGUGAUACGAAUGAAAGUGAAAGUGAAGCAAAUGCGAAACCGAUAAGGGCAAAACGAAAAAAAGAUCCUAGAUUAUUUGAACAUAUCAAGGAAUUUAUUUGCUAUCAUUGUCCAGAAAAAAUCGAAUUUGAUCGAUUCUAUCAUGCAACGCUUCAUUAUAGAGAAUUUCAUAAAGAGCCAGCCUACAUCAAAUGCAGGAUAUGUGACAAGCGUUGUUAUUCACCGGGAAGCCUUAUUAGUCACAUGGAAGUGCACAAAAAUCCCGACGUAUAUAAAUGUCAAAUUUGUGGUAAGGUGAAUGAUGAACAGGUGUCCUUAGCAAAACAUAUGCGUCUUCAUCGUUCAGAAAUAGUUGAAGAUCUACCAUACGAAUGUAGCCGUUGUCUCCGUCGUUUUUCUUCAGAGAAAAGACGAGAUAGGCACGAGAAAGAUCAUGAUCGAAAGCGAAGUGUAAAACCUACAAAAAUUGUUGGUCGUGAUGAAGAGCUGUUGGAGUUUUAUCGACGAAUCAUUUGUGAUAUAUGUGAACAGCAACGGCCAGUUAACGAUAUCCGACAUGAGACAGAAUAUGACAAUUUACUACAUUUGAAAAAACACAUGCGCGAAGAGCAUGAUGACAAAGGCUAUCUAAAAUGUCAUAUGUGUGAUAAAAAGUGUUAUAUUCGAUCAAUGUUGUUGAUUCAUAAAGAUUUUCAUUUAAAUCAAGACAAAUUCAGAUGCGAGAUUUGUGGUAAUGUAUAUCAAAACUUAGAAAAACAUAAAGAAACUGCACAUGCAGCACAUGGUGAGGCUUUAUUCUGUUGCGAACAUUGUGGUAAGGCGUUGACUAACGAAAAAAGUUUAAAAUCUCAUGUUGAGAGAAAGCAUGCCGUUAAAGAUACUAUUUGCGACAUUUGUCAGAAGCCGUUUCACAAAAGUAUGCUUGAAAGCCAUAAGCGAGUCGUUCACGAGAUGGCGUCUUAUAUGUGCACUAAGUGUCCUCGUAUGUUCAGGAGUAUGUUUUCGUUAAAUAGGCAUUUGGAUGAACAUGAAAAUAAAGUCAGAGAGAGAGUCAAAUGUUCUCUUUGUGGUAUGACAUUCAAGCAUAAGUACAUAUUGCGUAAACAUAUUGGUUCUGUACAUACUACAGAAGCGCCUGUGUCUUGUGAUGUUUGCGGUAAGCAAUUCAAAUCCAAGCAUCAUUUGUGGUCUCAUAAGUCCGACACGUGUAACAAUCGCAGAUUUGCUUGCACAAUUUGCGGACGAGUUUUCAAGGUAAAAGUUCGAUUGAAUGAGCAUAUGACUACCCAUACAGGAAAAAGUUUGUACCAGUGCACAUUCUGUCCGCUUACAUUUAGUUUCCAAUCAAUUCUCUAUACACACCGAAAAAAAGCACACUAUGAGCAGUGGCUUGAGUUGCAGGCAAAACGGGAAGAAGGUGUCAAGUUUAAGGUUCUAGAAGCUCCUGCAUGACUUGCCUAUUCAAUUGUUAUUGAAUUGAUAAACGUGACGAACCUUAAAAUAUAUUCAAAAUUCGGUAUACAGUAAGGUCGUUUUUACGCGGUUUUUUUUUCGCGGGUUGCUUUCCUCCAUUACUCACGGUACAAGAUAUCGACCUCAUUUCAAUCACCUUUUCCGUUUUAGGUCACGAGUGAUCAUAUAGGGUAACGGGGGUAUUUUGGCCCACAUGCAUAUUUUGGCCCACCCGGUAACAUUUUUCGCAUUUUAUCUGAUAAAUUCAAUGAAUAUUGGAAAACUAUGCAUGCAACAUUGAAUAACACACCUAAGAAUCAUACUACACUGUAAUUUUCGCCGAAAAACUGGCUCUAGGUAGUGUUAUUUUGGAAUUAGUUCAUACAUAUUCAAAGUCAUGGCUGCGUCAACCCAAAGUCAAGAGGAAGUGGUAAUAUACAAGUCAACGUCCGGAAGCUAUAGUAACAAAUAUGUAUGCUCUUCAAACAAUUCGUUGUUGUAGUUUGUUUUUAAUGAAAUGUGCGAACACUUCCCAAAGCUGGCCAAAAUACCCCUGUUACCCUAUCAGCUUUCAAAAAAAAAUCACAAUUUUUGGUGUAAAUACUCAAAAUUUAAAAUAUUGCAUUUUGGUCUCUAGAUUGGCCACUAUCAUAUUCAAAUGAGGUUUGAACGUUUUAGGACGGUUUUCUUCGUUGUAUUUGCAACUCAAAAAAGUCGUUUCUUACGCGGGCCCAUACAAAUUUGAAACGCAUCCCCCGCGUAAAAAACGACCUCAGUGUACUUCACAAUGUCUUCUUUGAAACUUGGAAACUGUCAAGUUCUUUUGACGUUGGACUAGCGUCUAUAUCGAAGUUAGGCACCUGAAUUUGAAAAUCUAGUAAUUCAACCAGGGAAAACCAGGAAAAAGUGGUCAGGUUUUGAGCGCUUAUAUAUCAGUCAUUUCUUUUCAGAAUUUCGAGGUUUUGGCAUCAACCGAUCAGAAAUUCUUUUACGGUUGAAUUUAUGUAACAAAAAUAACCUAUUGUUCGAGAUACACUAUUGAAAAAUUGAUAAAUCACAUCGAUUGUCUAAAUCAUACCGAGCAACCAAUCACCACCUCUCUUCACAAGCACAGUCGACACUAACGGAUACAACCGAUCUGACUUUGUAAACAGUCUCGCAGCUUUCAACCAAUAACGAGCUCGCUUUCGGUAGCUGCAACAGGUGUUUCAACACCAUUUUAAAAUGCUUCUUU